UUGGCUAAAUUAUUAAGUUCCCAAGAAUCCAUUAUCCACUCUUCUCAUAAUCUCACCUUUGAAAAAACAAAACGAACAAACAAACUAUAGCCAAAAUGAUAAGUCUAAACGUCACAGAUUCUGCAAUUCACCUCUUCAGCAGCGGUGUCGCGGUGAAAUCCAUCUAUGCAUCUCGCGACUUUAAUGGCCAAGAGAGGCCGUCGCUUCCGCGGAAGCCCAGAAACAGAGUAGAUUUUAGCAGCAUUCGCUACUCGAGCGACGCGAUUCGGUCGCUGCGGGAGCUGGCGUCGAUGUCGCCCGAGCCCUCCAUCCGCGUCUACAAUAAUCUGUUGAGCGUCAUUGCCAAGAAGGAGCUGUACUCGGUUGCACUCGACGUGUUCGACGAAAUGCGCCACUUGGGCGUCGCGGCCGAUUGGUACACGAUGAACAUCGUCAUCAACUGCUGCUGCCUUCUGAAGCGCGUGGACGUUGGAUUCUCCGUACUGGGCGUCUUCAUCAAGAACGGAUACGAUCCGAACGGGACAACGUUCAACACGCUGCUGAAGGGGCUGUUUCUGGCCGGCGAGAUCGGCGAGGCAGAGUUUCUAUUCAAGAAAAUUUUGAGCUUCAAGCUAUGUGUGAUCAACGAUGUCAUGAUUCUGACUGUUGUGAACGGGCUCUCAAAAACCGGGAAAUUGCUCACUGCGCGUGAUAUGCUUCUGGCAUUGGAUGAAGCUGGCUACGAGCCUAAUGUUCGAGCUUACAAUGCUGUGAUUGAUGGCUUGUCGAAGCGUGGGAUGGUUGAUGAUGCUCUGCUUCUGCUGUCAGAAAUGGUGGAGAAGGGCGUCUCGCCUAGUGUUGUCACAUGCAACGCCUUGAUAGAUGGAUAUUGCUCGCGCGGCGAGAUGGUUAGAGCCAGAGAGCUCUUUGAUUCAAUGGCGAAGACGGAGAUCAAGCACGAUAUAUUCACCUAUAGUAGCUUGAUUAAGGGGUAUUGCAAGACGGGCAACCUUGAUGAAGCGUCACGUUUCUUUGAUGAAAUCCCGCGUGUAGGUCUCAAGCACUCGACCGUAUCAUACUCCACAAUGAUGCAGGGGCUAAUACGCCAAGGUAGAUUUUCAGACGGAUGGAAGCUUUUCGAGGAUAUGAAAGCUCAGAAGCUGCAUCCAAAUCUCCACACCUACACCAUCUUGUUGGAUGGUCUAUGUAGGAACCAUCGGAUUGAUGAGGCGUUGGCGUUUUUGAGGGUGAUAGAGAAGAAGGGCUUGAAUCCUAAUAUAGUAACAUACGGUGCUCUGAUCAACGGCUUAUGUAAGGGCGGGAGACUUGAUGAAGCUAGGAGCCUCUUUGACCAUCUCCCUUCCAAGGGCUUAAAUCCAAGCACAGAAAUCUACAACAUGAUGCUCAACUCCCUCUACCACCAUGGGCGUCAAGUGGAGGCCAUGAGGCUGAUGGAGGAGAUGGAGAGGAGUCGUUGCUCGCCUGAUGGCGUUACCUACAACAUUAUUGUGGGGAAUCUGAUGAAGAGGAACGAGGUGCAUGAGGCGAUUCCAUUCUUGGAGGAAAUGUGCAGGAGAGGAUUUGAGGUUCAUUCAGCUAACUUGUCUAUUUUGCUUCAUCAACUAAGAGGAGGAGAAUAUAAAGAUAAGAAAUUGCAAGAGAUUAUUAAGAAACUUAUAGUUAUAUUUUGAGGAUUGAAUACUUUGAGUAGAGUUACAUUUGAUUCUAUACAAGUUAGUUUUUCCUUC